CGUUCUUCCUCUCCUUUAUUUAACCGGCCUCUCUUUCUCUUUCCCAUUCUUCUAUCAUCUCUCUCUCUCUCGGGAUCCGAUCUCUAUCGAUUCCCGAGGGACACUGUCAAUCUUUUCGAUUUCUAGUCACAACUCCUUCUCCUUUUUAGGGCUGCUUCUUAUUUCUCUCUGUAAGCUAAUCGCAUCAAUUGUUUCAUUGUACAAAGCCGGGAAGAAGAUGCGAAGAAAACCAAACACGAGCUUUGUUGUUAUUGUCUCCAACACUCCAUAAUCAAAGCUUUUUUUUAAGGGUUUCAUCCAUCUGGAUGCGCCUGAAGAAGAAGCUGGCUUCUCGUUUCAUAAGGUUUGCCCAAGAAAAUAACAACAAUGAAUUCAUUUUCCAACGUGCCUCCGGGCUUCAGAUUUCAUCCCACGGACGAAGAACUCGUGGACUACUACUUGAGGAAAAAAAUCGCUUCAAAGAGAAUCGAAAUCGAUUUCAUCAAAGACGUCGAUCUUUACAAGAUCGAGCCUUGGGAUCUUAAUGACUUGUGCAGAAUUGGGAAUGAAGAUCAGAACGAAUGGUAUUUCUUUAGCCAUAAAGACAAGAAGUAUCCGACAGGAACCCGAACUAACAGAGCAACAAAAGCCGGUUUUUGGAAAGCCACGGGAAGAGACAAGGCGAUAUACUCAAGGCAUUGUCUUGUUGGUAUGAGGAAAACCCUUGUGUUCUACAAAGGAAGAGCCCCCAAUGGACAGAAAUCCGAUUGGAUCAUGCAUGAAUACCGGCUUGAAACCAACGAAAACGGAACCCCUCAUCAGGAAGAAGGAUGGGCAGUAUGUAGGGUUUUCAAGAAGAGAUUGGCGGCGGUGAGGAAAAUGGGAGAAUACGAGACAUCACCGUCGCAUUGGUAUAACGACGAUCAUCUCUCCUUCGUGUCCUCUGAACUCGAAACCAGUUCUCCAAGGCGAAUCCUCAUGGGUCAUCAUCAUCAACCAUAUGGUCUCAAUGCCGCUGCUUACCCCAUCCACAACCCUAACUUGCAACGCAAGCAAGAACUCGAGCUACAACACUUCAAUCAUCUGGCACAACACCAUCAUCAUCAUCUUCUUCAACUUAAUGAACCUUUGUUCCUCCAACUCCCUCAGCUCGAGAGCCCUAAAAUCCAACAAGCUAACAGUAAUUGCAACUCUCUUCCUUACGGGACAAGCAGCGGCAAUAAUCAUAACGCAAACUUACAGUCAUCGAAUCUCGGGAAUGAGGAACAAAUGAAUCAAGGGCAACCAAGUUUCAGCUCUCUGUAUGUGAAUAGCGGAAACGAUCAAGCCGUGGAUCAGGUGACUGACUGGAGAGUGCUCGAUAAAUUCGUUGCUUCUCAGCUAAGUAACGACGAGGCUUCUGCUUCUGGACAGAACAAUGACGAGGAAAUGAACUUGUUGGAGAGCGAAACAAAGAGGGUUUCCGAGUUGGGGCAAGAAUAUGACGCUUCAACUUCUUCGAGCUGCCAAAUCGAUCUGUGGAAGUGACCAAAGAGAUUAAAAGAUGCAAAACCCAGAAGAUAUAUCAUCAUGUUGGUACAGAUUAUGAUUGUAAGGAUGAAAAGGGGAAAAAGCUUGGAGUAUCUACCGGAUUCUGGAGGUUUCUGUAUAUAAUAAAACCAAAACUAUGGUAUUUCCUUUGGUAUGAUUUUUAUUAUAUUAUCGAACAUUAUGUUAUAUAUAAUAUAUAUAUACGUACGACUGUACGUAUAUCCUUUGUAUUCACUAUAAUCAAAAGAGCACAGAUCUGACUUUGACUUGA